GCUACUUUAAUACGCACACAAAAAUUUGUGAGAAAUCAUGAAGAAGUGAUUAAGAACUCAAAGAAAUUGCAAUCUUUAAUAAAUUUGUGCAGCAAGCUUGUGGCUAACUUAAGUAACUGCUAAAUAUUUCGUGUACAGCGAAGAAAUUGUGUGCAAAGUGGACAAAUGUUACGUGAAAAGUACCUAGCAAAGCAGCAGCGUGAACCGGAUUAACAAAAUUUUUCAUUUUUGUUGUGUGCAUUUUAGUUUCAGUUUUUAUUUUCGCAAGAACGAAACAGUAUUAAGUGAAAAUUUUGCAAACGUGCGAUAAAGUUUUAGCCAAGAAUAAGAGCUGUGCAGUGCACGCGUCUCGUGCGAAUCGCAGUGAAAGAGUUUGAAAGCAAAAACAGAGAAAGUGCUUGGAAUUGAACUAAGAUGAUAGUAAUUUCCGGCGUGGAAUCGUAUUCAUUAAAUGGAACCGUUGAGUUAACGACAGUAUUGGGUGCGCUUUUUGGCGUCGUCACUUUGAUGUUCUUAUUUUUCCUUUACGUACAUCGCAAAUGGUGCUUUCAUGCUCGACACGGUCUAAAUUGUUGCGAUGAGAAGAUAAACGCAUCCAAAUACACGCAAAAAAUGUGUAAGUCACGCAAACGCCGUUAUGAUAAUACCAGCUCUGAUUCGGAGGAAGAUAUAUUGCGGCGCUUACGCUUGCAGCAGUCACGUAAUUUGUCAACGAACAGUAAUUUCAAUAGUUACGGUGUGCACCAGCAGUCAUCGUAUCUGCCACCGUCUCCGCCAAAUCCCCAACACAGCUUCAAUUAUACGCCGAACGAAUUGCAGCGCGUUACGAUAACACCACGUUUCGAUCCGGCGCGUGAUCCGUUGGCCAUAGCGGAGCGUGGCAAAGUCGGUAUUCCGUCCUCGCAUAGUGAGUGCAGUUCGAAUGACUCGGAGAAGGCCUCGGUCGACAGUCAUACGGGUAUUUUGACCGGUGACAGGAAAGAACGUCUUCAAAGUAAUGGCGGCACGAAUAAAUCGAGCGAAUGCAGCGCUUCGUCUUCGCUGAAGGAGUCGCGCAUCGAUAAUCGUGCGGAUUUGCCAAAAACCAGCAGUAAUAGCAGUAGCAGCAGAUAUCAGAAGAUAUCGACGGCGUCUGCGCGUCAAGACAGUUUAGAUGAUGUGCCUGAUUUGCAUAGCAAUAAUAAUAAUAUUCAUAACAGCAGUAAUAAUAAUAACGAAGAUGAACCACUUUUCGACACCAGCGAUUUGCGUUCCAUCAAAUCGGACGACACUUCGGUGCAGAAUCAAUUCUAUGGUAAAAGUGGCAGUAUCGAAAUCUCCUUGCUGUACGAUGCACCCAUGCGUAAGAUGACUGUGCACGUAAUGCAAGCCCGCGGUCUACCCACUUUGGGGAACGGACAAACGACGCACACGCAGGUCCGUCUUCUUAUGUUGCCAAAUAAGAAGCAAAAGCAUAAGACUAAAAUUCGCUCGGGCGAGAAUCCACAAUAUAUGGAGAGUUUUCUGUUACAUCGAGUCAAUCCAGAGGAGGUUAACAAUAUGGGACUGCGUGUACGAAUAUACGGUUGCGAGCGUUUGCGGAAAGAACGUCUAAUUGGCGAGGCGUAUGUUAGUUUCGCCACAAUAGAUUUACAGUUGGAGACGAAUUUGUGGCUACCAUUGGAGCCGAGGAGUACGGCAUCUGUUUUGGGCUCAAAUAGUGAUUUGUUAAGUCUGGCGCGUUCAGAUAGUGCCGGUUCGACCACAUCGAUGCAACAUGGUGGUGUGCCAGAACUACUCUUAGGUUUAGGUUAUAACGGCGUUACAGGGCGUUUGACAGUGGAAAUUGUCAAGGGUAGUCAUUUUCGUAGUUUAUCAAUGAAUAAGGCGCCCGACACAUAUGUAAAGCUGUGCUUAGUUAGUAGUAUCGGGCAGGAGAUAUCGCGAGCGAAAACAUCAACGAGACGCGGCCAACCACAUCCGCUCUUUAAGGAGACCUUCGUCUUUCAAGUGGCACUUUUCCAGUUGAACGAUGUGACGCUUAUGGUUUCCGUUUAUGCGAAACGUAAUAUGAAAAAGAAUGAAAUGGUCGGCUGGUUUAGUAUGGGUCUAAACUCGUCCGGACCAGAGGAGGUAGCGCACUGGGCGGAUGUACGCGACUUAGCCAAGGGCGAGCUAUUGGCGCGAUGGCAUGUGCUAGUAGAUUCCUGAUUCGAGCAGUUGGGACAAUCUUCACGUCGCGGCAGUGCCCUAGGCAUACUAGGUUUUGCGACGAAAGAGAAGUCCAAAUCGAAGAAGUUGAAGGAGGAGGAGGAGGAGGAAGACGAUGUGAACCGUGAUAUUGGUAAUGUGCCGGACAAAGCGGUGGCCGUCAACAUUGAGGCCGGCUUAGAGCUCGACUUUGUUUAGAGAAUUGGGUAUAACCAAACGACUUUUUUGUAAUGUAAAUCACACGACGCAAAUUUUUUGUGUAUUUACGAAACAUAAAACCAAAUAACCAAAAGAAAAUUUGUAUAGCAAAGUUAGUUUUCUGUAAAUACCGUUACAGAAAAUGACACAGCUAAAUCGAUAAUUGUCACUUUAAAUUACAAAACAUGGAAAGAAUAAAAAAAAACCGUAAAUAAAUCAAAUACAAAUAAACAUAUUCUAUAUUUAAAGUAAAAUAUGUCACUUUACUAGUAAACAAAUUACGCACAGUAAAUAUUUUGGUAGCGAAGUCAUAAUACUAAACGAGUAUAAGAGGCAUUAAAUAAGAGACUAGUAACCUGAUAAAACUGGAAUUUCAUACAAAUAAUGCUCUAUGAUAAAUAAGUAACCUGUUGAUGAACUGAAGCAGAGAAUUUGUUGUUUUUUAAGGAACUAAAUAUUUGGAUCGGCUUUACCGUUGUUCGAUCCAUCGUAAGGAAUAUUGAAUUUUGUGAUAUGCGAAUGAGUAUUAAUUGUGAAAUGAAAUGUAUUUGCAAAAUAUUUGUUUAAAAAUAACUGGCUGUAGAGGCGAGGAAAUUUACUAGGGAUUUUUGGUACAACAACAAUUGAACAAUUUGCUUAACUUGCGCUUACGAAGGCAGUGGGCGCAGAACUUUGUGAAAUUUUAUUAUUUUUUUUUUGUUUAAGCAGGGAUUUUUCGAUUAAUUGCAAAUUCUGUAAUUUUUUGUAACGAACUCUAUGAGUUGUGCGUGCUUGCAAUUAAAUAUGUAUUAGUAUUAUAUAAUUAAACCAAAAAAAUAACAAAACUUAUCAUAUCAAUUCAAAAAUAUAACUGUAUUAUUAGUACCUUGCCAAUUUUCGAAGGCAAUUCUUGAUCGAUAAACUUUUUAUUUUAUUUAUACAUUUUACUUCACUUGUGGAUCGUGGUAAAUAUAAUUUCAAAUGCCUUAAUAAUGCGCGAACUGCUUUUAAUAAAAUUUUAAAUUAAGUUUAAUAUUAUAACGGAACUGUUAACAGUUACUACGCUUAUUUUAAAUACAUGCAACCUAUUUUGUUAAAAUUUUAUGCUUGCUAGCUUUGAUUUUCCACUUUAAAAAAAAAUGUUAAAAAAUUUUGAGAAUUCAAAAACAUUGACACACAAAUAAAAAAACUAUUUUUUUGAAGAACAGUUCCAAGUAACGAUAGGUAAAUGAUAAGGACAAUUUUUAAUCAAAAUGAAAGGUAUGAACUUGUUAAAUAAAGUAUUUACUCACUAACUAAAGAACUUUACUCAAAUGCAUACAUACAUACACAAACAGAAAUAUAAAAGCGUUUGUGUGCAAAUAUAAAAUAGUCAAAAAAAGUAAUAAGAAUUUAUGCAUGAAAGAGAAAAACUUAAGCAACAUUAACUAACUUUGUUAUUUCUAACUAAAUUUAUUUUUUUAUAUAACAAUGCAUUAAAGUAUAAAAAUUAAGAAAAACAAAAUAAAAACCUUAGCUUAAAAUAUCUAUUUUAUUGGUUAGUAAACCCAAACAUAAAAAAACCAUAAAUAAAUAAAAACAUACAUACGAGUAUAUUCCCAAGAGACUUAAAAUAUUAAAAAAACAAAAACACAAUGUAAGUUAAAUAUCUUUUUUAUACGGAAUAAACAAAGUAUACACAAAUACAAACUAAAUUAUUAAGUAACACAUACUAAUGCAUAUUAUAAAUACCGAUUUAUGACUACAAAUAUACUUAAUGUAGUAUUUGCCUAUAUUUUAAUACAUACAUACAAACUUAGGUAAACCUUAAAUAUCUUUAUGUGCUAAUUUUUACAAAUUUUUAAUGUUGCAUUUCAUUAUAGGUGUGUCCACCAGCUUAAAAAUGAAUGAGUAAAUUCGAUUUUUCAAUCAAUUAAUAAACUGUCACACAUUUUUAUAUAUUUCCGUAAAAGAAAACAAAAACAAUUUGCGCUAAAGAGCAAAUUUAAUAAACAUACAAAUGCCUCAAUGCAUAAAUGGCAAUAACUGUCAGUUAAAGUGGAAUUGGCACUUAAGUACAAAAUUCUGUUCAGAAUUCAUUUUUUUUAUAUUGUUUGACCAACAGCGUCAAAGAGUCAAUAAAUUUGCCAUUUUUGAUUAACGGAAAUGACGAUUUAGCGGUCUCUUCUUUGAGUUUACUUCAAACAGUUUUACAGCCCACGAAAUGAUAGCCGAACGGUCAGAUGCAAAUUGAUUUCUUUUAAUGUUUGAAAAAGGUGGCCGCGAAAAUUCGCAAAGUCUUUACUUUAAAAUAAUAAUACAAAUACAAGCUAAAACUUUUUUGACAAUCUUCAGUCAAAUUUACUUCAUUAAUACUUUUUUAUCUGCUCUGCCAAAGUAUUUCCUGUUUACAAAUAAUUAUUAUAACAGGGUAUAUUUAGUUUGCCACGAAGUUUGUAACCUCAGUAGGAAACUUCGCAGACCCUAUUAAAUAUGUACAUACAUAUGUACGUAUGUGAAAAGCUGAAUUGGUUUAGCGAAGUCCAUCUGUCUGUCUGCCUGUUUAUAAGCGAACUAGCGCCUCAAUUUUUGAGAUAUCGAUCUUAAAUUUUCCAUACCUCCUUUUCUCAUCAAGAGGUUGCUCUUUUGUCAGAAUCGACGAUUUUGGGUCAUCAUACAAUGUAGUUGCAAUACUAUUGGAUCCAAAAAAAUCCAAUUUUUGUAUGGAACAUUUUUUUUAUUUGAAAAAAAAAAAUUACUUUCUAAAACAAUUUCGAAUAAAGUGUCUAGAUCGGUUAACUAUAGCAUAUAGUUGCCAUACAAACUGACCGUUCCACAUCAAGUUCUCGUAUGAAAAACUUUUUUAUUUGAAAAGAUAUAUUCUCGAAAUUUGGCUUGAAUUAAUAUCCAAAACAAAGGUAAAAUUCCGAAUAAAUUGUCUAGUUCGGAUCACUAUGGAAUAUAGUUGCCAUACAAGCUAACUGAUCAACAACAAGUUCUUGAUGGAAUUUUUGAUGUUCGUGAAGAGUAUUAUAGAUUCGGUGCAACCGAUUUCAACGUUUUUUCUUGCUGCAAAGUCCAAUUUACUUCAUUAAUCUUUUCUUUGCUCCUUCAGAGCAACUCCAAAAAUGGCUUUUUUUGUUAUUUUUCCAAGUAUUAUUGCAACUUAGUACCUUGAAAAGUUGAAAAAGUUAAAAAACAUACAUACCUACACAAAUAAAUAUAAGUAAGCGCAUUUGAAAAUGCAGUUAGAAAAUGUUAAGAAAUCUACAGGAUACGCACAAAAUUGUACUUGAAGGAAGGCAGUUACAUGAACAGUAUUGCAAGAGUUUAUGGCAUAAAAACAAUUUAUCAAAUAUUUGGAUAUUUAAGUAAAAAAGUAAUGGAACAUUAGCGAGUAGUUUCUACUAAAAGACAAGUAACUAGAUUAUGCAAAUUUGGCGAGCGGUGCCCACUAAAUAUGACACGUAUCAAAGGAAAUAUUUAUGGAUUUUUCGCGAAAAGUUUUGAAACUGAAAUCAAAUUAAAAACGAAACCAAAAAAAAAUGCAUUGUUUUGUGUAAAAUGAACAUAUUGUAGCAGAGAAUGUCAAAUGCAUACUUGGUACAAGUGUCAAAGUGCUAACGGAACAUUUUGCAUGAUAUUUAACAAAUACCCAAUUGUUGGUAAAAUGUACUGACAGUCAGUGUAUGGCUACAAUUCCGUCUACAUGUGAAUGAAAAGUAUUAAAAUUGAGCUCAAUGAACUCAUUGCUAAGUUGCACACACACACUUUCUAAAGCGAAAACAAAAAAAUUUUCUUUCUUGUUCGAAACAGCAACAUGAAGUUGCAAUUGUAUUGCCACAAGUGUCGCAUGGCAAAAUAAAAGUUUAAAAAUAAUUUUUUUAGCGUAAUUAUAAUUAACAUAACAUAAAAGCUUUAAUUAACAAACUAAUUGUAAUUACUACCUUAUCAAUGUUGAAUGUUGCUACUAUGCCGCUGCACAUUCCCCAGCAAAUACAUAUAUACAUACAUACAUAAAUUAGAAGUACAAAUAAGUUUGGAAAAAUGUGAGCAGUUAGCGCCAAAAGGUGACAAAGAAACUGAAAGUAUUGUAUUAUUGAAGGAAAAUGAGUAGAUAAUACAAAAACAAUUGGAUUUAUACUUGCAACGGCUGGAGAGGUCAUUCCAUGUCGUUGAACAUCAUUAAAAAGAUAAUGUUAAAUAAUUUUUAAUGAUAUUUUUAGCGAAAGUGAAGUUAUUUUUAUAUUCAAAACUAUAGAUGUGUUUUUUAAUAAGAUCCAAAGCGGACUAAAUGUUUUUUAUUGCUGUUAUCUGCAUAUUUGUAUGUAUGUAAAAAGUAUUUACAUGGCUAUUUAAGUAGUAUAUUCAUACAAAAAUAUUUCAUAAAAAAACAACCGUUUAAAAAGUCAGCACUAUCUACUAUCCGAAACCUACCUAAAGAAUUUUUUAUUGAACACCAUGUAUUGUUGCUCUCUAAUUAACACUUUCUAGGUAUAGACACAGAAAAAAUGAUGAUGAUGGAGAUAAUUAUAACAACAUAAUCAAAUUAACAUGCUUAGCGGUAAAUUUAAAAAAUAAUACAUAUAUGUAUAUAUAUAAAUACAUAUAUAUUACGGAAAAUAAUAUGAAGAAGAACCCUGCAUAACACAAACAUACCAUUUAUUUACCAUAACUGCUUUAGGAUGUUCGUUAUGUGUCAAGUUGAAUUUGGUUUGUGCAAACGCCGCCUUGAAGUUGCAGUUUGUGCACUAAAAAUAAGAAUCCGAUGUUUCCAAAAAGUUUUUUUAACUCUUUAUUUUAAAUUAUUAUUAUCCGUAAAAAUAAGAAUCCAAUGUAAGCAAACUCGUUAUUUUAAAUUUCAGACGUGCCUAAAUUAUUUUAUUUUUCCAUACAUUUUACGUAUAAUUUUUUGAAACUUUGCAAUAAUUUUUUUAACUUCAAAGCAAAUAAACGUAAAAAGUGUGAUAUUCUAAUACACAAUUAUUUGCUCUACAAAAAGUCUAAACAGUUUUUUUUCAUGAAAAUAUACCUUUAAAAUUAUACGCAAUUAAAGUUAUGCCUUUAAACUACUGUAUUCAUAUGUAUAGCACACCCUGUCGUAUGAGCAACACAGAAUGUAGAAAACAUUUGCAUGAAUGCACUUGUCAUUUCAUGCAUAACAUCAAACGCCUUUAACGUUUAAAAGAAUACAUAUUUUACUAGAAAAAAUCGUGCGAAAUCGUUUUUACUAGAAUAAUACAACUUUUUCAAAGUUAUAGAUUUAUUUGCUUAAUAUAUAUUAUAAAAAAACUCAUAUUAUGUAUGAUUAAGGGUUUAAAUUGUAAUUAAAGAGCGUGCUUACAUUGGAUACUUAUUUUUAACGUAAAAAUUUAAACUUCAGCGUGCCUUUGCUAAAAAACAAUCAACUUGAGAAAUAACGGACGGCCUAAACUACAUGCAUAUGUGUGCUUGUGAAGUGGUCAUCAUAUGUAUACAUUGUUGCUUUACAGGAUAAUUGCAAACACUGGGUCAGUGCGCUAAUUGUCCUGCUGCUCACUUGAACUGAAGUGUGUCUUGAGACUGUCGUAAUUUGAAACGAAAACCAAUAUUUAUUUUAUAAGCAACUGAUUAAUAACUAUUACUUUGUGCUAUGCGAAAUUUUUAUAUAUAUAAUUUAUUACCUAUAUGCAUACACACAUACUUACACGUACUUGACAUACAGAAAUUAAUAUACAUUUGUAUUUGUAAUUUCUGUUACAUCAUACAAACAUAUAAACAUGAAAAUUUCAUUACAUAACUUACACAUGAAAUUACAAGGAGGUAGCGUUUGCUAGUGUUUUAAUUUACACUCUAACAAUUUGUUCACCAGAUUUCAAUAUUUAUUUAUUCUUAGCACAUUGCUGAAGCCAAAUAACAAUGCCUUUAAGUUUUUAAUGUUAAAAACAAUAUCAAAUAAAUGUGAGAAAUAUUGCUUAUUUUCUACAUAAAAAUUAUAAAGCGAAUAUGAAGCAGUAGUUUAAUAUUUUUUUUAAUAAAAUUUAAUAUUACUCUGCAAGCAAAGAAGUUAAAUGAAAUGUUAUUUAAAUACCUUUUUUAGUAGUAGUCAUUGAAUUUUUCACGUUCUGUUGCAUUAUACAUGGAACAAAGCAACAAAAGUUAGUACAUACCAUGUAAAAACUAAUUCAAAGACAUUUUUGUAUCCUAACGUUAACAAGAAAGUAAAAAACACAAAGAUUUUUAAUCUUUAUAAUUUCCGUGUAACUUAAAGCCCAUAACGAACUAAUGAUACAAAUUAAAAAAUGAAGAUAAUGAUCAUUUUGCCAAUGAAUGGAUAAUAAAAAGAUGAAAAGAACAAAA